UCCGUGCAGCGUGAAGCUUUCUUAUGCUAAUGCUGGUCUGACAUCAGCAGUGAGAUCAAAGCAGGGCAGGGGUACUUUAGAGCCGAGUCUGCCCCCAUCCAGGCUCACUCACUCAGACCUCUCUGUGUCCCACUCACACACACACGCACACACACACACACACACACACCACACAUACACUUAGACUCACCGAUCCACACCAUGCGUACCUGUCCGGAGUUAUUCUACCACCACCCCAUGCUGGAUUUUACUCAUGCAUCUGGUUGAUACCGACGCAGAGACGCGCUCUGAAAGGAUAUUCCGACCUGCUUGAGAUUUGAUUUUUCUUCUUCUUCUUCCUUGUGUUGCUUGUUUCAACGUUGGAGAGCUAAAAAAAAAAAGCGAAGAAAAGAAAAAAUAAAAGGGUUUAUAGAGAAGGAGGCCGUGCCAUGAGAGCUUGACUUCUGAGUCUGAGCCAAGAAGUCCAACAGCCCCUUUUGUGUUUGUGUCCUGUUUGAACUGGAGCCACUGUCCAACCAUGAGGAGCAGCUCUCAUGUCCUGCCUCUUGGUGUGCUCACGGCUCUGCUGCUGUCUCAGGUCUGCUCUGGCAUCAAAUGGCUAGCGCUAUCACAUGCUCCUGCAUCUUUACACAUCAACCAGACCCAACACUGUAAGCUGCUGCCUGGCAUGGUGUCCUCCCAAGCUCAGCUAUGCCGUAGCAACUUGGAACUCAUGCAAACUAUUAUCCAAGCUGCUCGUGAAGUCAAGAAAACGUGCCAGAAGACCUUUGCAGAUAUGCGUUGGAACUGCUCCUCCAUUGACAUCCCCGGUGAUGCCCCGAAGUAUCGGCCAGACCUCGACCGAGGAACAAGGGAAGCUGCAUUUGUCUACGCCCUGUCGGCAGCGACCAUCAGCCACACCAUAGCUCGGGCGUGCACUUCUGGAGAUCUGCGUCUGUGCACGUGUGGUCCUAUUCCUGCUCAGAUCCUGGAGCCUGGCUAUCGUUGGGGCGGCUGCGCUGACAACCUGCACUACGGUUUGAUCAUGGGCUCCAAGUUCUCUGAUGCGCCCAUGAAGAUGAAGCGCGCAGGCUCGCACGCCAACAAACUGAUGCAUCUACACAACAGCGAAGUCGGGAGACAAGUAUUGAGAGAGGCGCUGGUGAUGAAGUGUAAAUGUCACGGUGUGUCCGGCUCCUGCUCCAUAAGGACCUGCUGGAGAGGCCUGCAAGACCUGAGGGAGAUCGCUAUGGACCUGAAGACCAAGUAUCUGUCUGCCACCAAAGUGGUUCACCGGCCCACGGGGACACGCAAGCAGCUGGUACCCAAAGACAUCGACAUCAGGCCGGUGAGGGAGAACGAGCUGGUCUAUCUGCAGAGCUCCCCAGACUUCUGUACCAGGAACGACAAACAGGGAUCUAUUGGCACACAGGACAGGCAGUGCAACAAAACCUCCGUCGGCAGUGACAGCUGUGACCUGAUGUGCUGCGGACGUGGCUACAACCCGUACACGGAGAAGCUGGUGGAGCGCUGCCACUGCAAGUACCACUGGUGCUGCUACGUGACCUGCAAGAAGUGCGAGCGGAUUGUGGAAAAAUACGUCUGCAAAUGAGUUUUUUGUGUGUGUGUGUGUGUGUGUGUGUGUGUGCUGACCGCCGACGGCCCCACCAGCAGCAGUCCUCUCCUACUUUUUGUACCCAGCCACCUCCGAAGGCUACAGAUUAACCAAAGCACUACAAUAUCAAGAAGGCUUACUUUUGUCUUAAGCUUUAGCAUGUGUAUCUCAAGGAGAAAUGGUCUAUUCUUGUGUCAGUAUCAUUUUUUGUAUCUCCAAACUGCCAAAUGGGCUCCUAAGCUUUUUUUUUUUUUUCGCUUCACAAACCUGGACGUGGAGAAGCGUGGGCGACAGCGCCGGUUUACGUGAAGACCGCCGUCCUCCUGGGUAUUUCCUUUUUCUUGUUAAUGAUUACAAAUCCCCCCCUAACAGGGAUAUUGAAAGUCUAUUUUAUUAUAUCUCUAGUAAAAAAUAAAAGAAGAAUAAUACUGAAUUUUAUGCUGGAGGAGAGGGACAGAGACUUUUGUUUGGCUUCAUUCCAUGGACAUCGAUGGAUCCACCUCUGAUGGUACUAUCAAAACUUUUUUUUUUUCCUCUGCAGCGAUGGACAAUAGAGGAAAAAACGGGAACACAAAGGGAAUUUCGAGUACUUUUCUUCAAUCAUAGAACAUUUUUUUGUGGUUGACGGGUUUUUUUUUUUGGACUCUCACUCGCGUGUCCUGUGUGGAUCUUCACAUACUGCCCUGCAUCCCUGUGGAUUGAGAGAGGAGGAACAUCAAGGACUUUGUAAAAUUGUGCAUUAUCUCCUUUAUGUCUGACAUGCAGUUCGAAAUAUAUUCUAUUUUUCAUGAGCGUAUGAGCUGAACUCAUGGAUUUUGUAAACCACUUUUGUGUGGAUGUACAUACUGUUAUUUUGUAUACUGAAAUAAAGAAAGAAGUAUUUAUAAAAUAAUUAAAUGAUCUUCA